GUAUGAGUAGUACCUUCCAUACUAAAUAGCUCUCAUGCCUGUGCCAGUACCUACCGCUUGCUGUUGUUCGCUAGAUAAGCCAGGUGCGACUGAUCGGACAGGGCACGUGGAAUCUGUGCGUCGUUCCUUCCCCGAGUGCGAGAAUCAGACUGCUCAACAAUGUCGGGGAGCGACCUGAGGUACUCUGCUCGCGACCAUCGGUAGGAAUCUGACGCCUUGGAAAACACUCGACACCUUUGGGGCAUUAAGCAUAUCUGAUUCUCGUUCCUAGGCCCGCUCGCCCCCAGUGGUCGCUGUUCAGUAUGCCAACCAAACGCAAGUCGACCGACGACGAUGAGCCCAGUCAAAGCUACGAUCCCCAGCCCGCAAGCAAGAAACCACGUACCGCUCCCAGGAGACAAGCCAAAGGCAAAGACAAGGCAACCUGCGAAGGCGACAAUGGACGCUCCACCACGGCCAAACGAUCUAUCCACCCGCCAAAGCCCAACGGCAAGAAUUAUGGUGAGGAGGCAAAAAGGUACUUGCAAAGCCGCUCUGAUGAGCUCUGCGUCUUCAUCGGGAAGAAGCAUGAGGAGAAAAGAUCAAAUCCCAACAUCGGAAAGGCACUGCGCGUGAGUCUCCCGGCGGACAUUGCGCCCGUCAUGGCCCAUGGUUACGCUGCCAAGCAGUCCGAAGACGAUGGCCGCAACCUGACCGCGGAGCUGUCUGCCACACUGAUGAAAGAGAUGGGCCGUACAAUCAAGCUCUAUGCAGAGGACGCUGGCAAUUCAUCGGGGGUAUCCAAACCAGAAUGGAUGCGCUGGCAGACGGACUGUCGAGACCUCCAUAGCUUCAACAAGAACGCCAUGACCAUGGCGGAACAGCUGGUUCACAGCAUGAUCGUUCCUGGUGGUAAGGCUGGUGUUCCAAAGCUCCCCGAGAAAGCGGACGAGGUCGAAGCAGUGGCAUGGGAGUUGUACGACGCGGUGAGACCAACUUCCACGGAGACUACGUGGGGAAGGAUGGCGCAGGGCAUGCUGAAGGCUUUUGCUGGGGUGCUGAAGACGAAGGAGUAGCCGUUUUCUUGGGCUUGUCAAGUACUACGGCGGGAAUUUGCCUUUGGCACUGAAGCCCAGUGGUUGAGUGACUUGGACGGGCAUUUUCACACAAAGGUACUCAACGAUGUAAUUACA